AUGUCAAGGUUGAAGCGCUCGCAGGCGUCCUCAGACCCUGAAGACCUAGAUGACGACAGCAUUGUUGAUGAUGGAACAGAGGGUUCUAGCCCCCUUCACUCGAGAAAACGUCUUCGCAGAUCUGAUUCCCUGGUUUCGGCAGAAGACACUGGAGCAAGCGACGAUGGUGAAGUGGUUAGGCCUCGAGCAAUCACAGAGGUAGUUGAAGAUGAGGAUGAGCUGGAACUGCGCGCAACGCAAAGGAUUCAAGAGAAAAACUUUUUUAUGGGUGACGAGCCCAAUGUGCCUGCCGAGCAUGGUAUUCUCGAGCGCGUUGAAUGCUAUAAUUUCAUGUGCCACGACCGCUUCUACGUGGAGCUGGGGCCGCUGAUAAACUUCAUUGUUGGAAAAAAUGGCAGCGGCAAAAGCGCAGUUCUUACUGCUAUCACUCUUUGUUUGGGUGGUAAAGCGUCCGCUACGAAUCGUGGUCAGAGCUUGAAAAGUUUCAUUAAAGAAGGAAAGGAAACCGCCACCAUCAUCGUGCGGAUUAGAAAUAGAGGUGAUGGGGCUUACAUGCCGGACGACUAUGGGGAGUCGGUCAUCGUGGAACGUCAUUUCUCAAAGACUGGGACGAGUGGUUUCAAGAUUAAAUCGCAGAAUGGGCGCAUAAUAUCAACCAAAAAAGCCGAGCUUGAUUCUAUUAUUGACUACUUCACAUUACAGUUUGACAAUCCCAUGAACGUCCUUUCGCAAGACAUGGCACGUCAAUUUCUCAGCAACUCCAGCCCGGCCGAUAAAUACAAAUUUUUUGUGAAAGGAGUCCAACUAGAGCAACUUGACCAAGACUACCGACUAAUUGAGGAGUAUGUCGACCAGGCAGAAGAAAAAUUGAGGGGCAGGGAGCAAGACAUCACGGUUCUGAAAAAACGUAAAGAUUCAGCAAAGAAAAAGCUGGAAUUAUCUGAUCAUCAUGAGUCGCUCAGGAUCAGAAUCAGGAAUGUUAGAAAUCAAAUGGCCUGGGCUCAAGUAGAAGAGCAGGAAAGGGCAAGAGACACUCUUGAUGAUGAUCUUACCACAGCAGAUCAACAAAUAGCAGCUGCUGAGGUUGAACUUCACAGAUUUGAUUCCGCUUUUCAAGAUGCUGAAGCUGAAACUGAAACUGCCGCUGAAUGCGUAAGGCAAGCUGCUUACAGAGUUGAGCAAGCGCAAAGUGAAAAGGAAGAGAUCAAAGCGAAAUCGGACGAACAAAUGAGUGAACGUCAUGACUUACAGGCCCAGCAGCGUCAAAUAAGGGAGUAUGUGAAGGCAGCACAAUCAAGGAUUGAUGUAACUAAGCAAAAGAUAUCCGAGGAAACUCAGCGGCUUGCCGACCUCAGUGGCGGGAGCUAUACUCGGAAACAAGAAGAAGUCGAGCAAGCCCGAGUUGAAGUUUCUGAAGCUCGUAGGCUAUAUGAAGAACAUCAACAAGAGAGUGUUCGCCUAGUUCGGGAAUCAGAAGAGGCGGAGGAAGAAGCUAGAUCUGCGGCAGCAUCUGUUUCUAAGAAAAAGGCCGACAUUGAACAAGCAGAAGCACUUCUCCGGAAUCUUUCGAAGGAUGGGGGGCCUCGAACUUCUGGGUUCCACGAGAGAAUGCCCAUGCUUCUCAAGGCAAUCCAGCAGGAGCGAUCAUUUUCUAGGCAACCUGUCGGCCCAAUCGGUCACCAUGUAAGCUUAUUGAAGCCGACAUGGUCGUCGAUCUUGGAGAACUCGCUCGGCACGACGCUAAACAGCUUUAUUGUGACUUCCAAAAGGGAUAUGAAUGUUUUGUCUAGUGUCAUGCAAAGAGUCAACUGCGUUUUUCCAAUUUUCAUUGGAAGUGAUGGUCAUAUCGACACAACGGGACACGAACCGGAUUCUCGUUUCGAUACGGCAUUGCGGGUUCUACAGAUUGACAACGAAUUGGUGCGCCGGCAAUUAAUUAUCAACCAUGGCAUAGAACAAAUGUUGUUAAUCGAGCGGUUGGAAGAUGCCUCUUCAGUGUUAUUUGAUGAACAACGCCCGAGGAAUGUAAAGAGAUGUUACUGUAUCGAUAGAGCCGACAGGCGGCGGGGAAUUCAUCUCUCGUACAGUCGCACAGGGGAGCCAAGCCAAGCACCGGUCCCGGCGUAUAACGGUAAUCCACGAAUGAAAUCGGACCUCGCAUCACGAAUCAGGAUUCAACGUGAUGUUGUAGAUGACCUUAGACGUGAACUAAACGAUCAAGAGCAACAGCUGCGUGCCUUAUGGUCCCGCUCAGAAAGCUGUAAGCAAGCUCGUGUGAGGCAUGGAAAAAGGAGUAUUGAUCUGCAGAUUACAAUACAGAGGAAAGAAGAUCACGUUGAAGAACUCUCAGAUGCCCUUGACAAAGAACAUGUGGAGGAUGGUCAUCUCGACGCGCUGCGAGCAAAUCUUCGAGAAGCUGAAGAAGAUAAACAGCUCAAUGAAGGCUCAUAUAAGGACAGCAUUGAUGCCAUGAAAGCAAUCAUGAGAAAUUUAAAAGCAAUCACGCAAGAAAUAGAUGCGAAGGUCGCACAUAUUUCUACUUUAACCCAAGAAUUCGAGGUCGCCCAGAGUGAGGAGUACAGGGUAGUAGACAAGCGCCGAAAGAUUCUUGGUGACAAAAACGCUGCAAUCAGACAAAUUGAGCUCAGGAAGCGCGACAGGGAAAGGCUCCACCAAAACAGGGAGGAUGUUGUCGCACGGAUUCUCGAUUUCACAGAGAAGGCCAGUUUGGUUUCACCACGUGUUGCGGUUGACGAAGGAGAAACUCUUUUCAGUCUAGAGAAAAAGCUCGAAAAAUAUCUCAAAGAUACUGAGCGCUAUAAUCAACAACUAGGAGCGUCUCGAGACGAAAUCGCUGCUGAAACUGAAAAAACGAAUACAGCCUAUCGUCGGGCUUCAGCUCGUAAAAAAGAGCUCACCCUGCUUGCUAGUAUCCUUAAAGACACACUCACGCAUCGUAAAAAGCGAUGGGGGAUUUUCAGAUCUCAUAUUUCUUCCCGAGCUAAGGCACAGUUCACUUAUCUCUUAAGUGAAAGAAGCUUCCGCGGCCGACUGUUGGCCGACCACAGCGGCAAACUUCUGGAUCUACAAGUUGAACCUGAUAUAACCAAGGACAGUGCCGGUCGUGGCGCAAGGACACUUUCUGGUGGUGAAAAGUCAUUCUCACAAGUCUGUCUUUUACUGGCACUUUGGGAGGCUAUGGGUUCGCCGAUUCGCUGCUUAGAUGAGUUUGAUGUAUACAUGGACCAGGUCAAUAGGAAAAUGGCUAUCGACAUGCUUAUGAUUGCUGCGAGGCGCUCGAUUGGGCGACAAUUUAUUCUCAUCACGCCUGGAUCAAGGGCAGAAAUCUGCCUAGCAUCUGAUGUUAGAGUCAAGGAGUAA